CCGAGCCUACAGACUGGAUAAGUAAUAUGAUUAUCGUCAAGAAACCAGACAAGCUACGGAUAUGCAUUGAUCCUAAACAUCUCAACCGGGCUCUGCGACGUUCACAUUACAUUAUGCCCACGUUGGAGGAUGUUCUUUACAAGCUCCCAAAGGCCAGAGUCUUCAUGCUCGUGGAUGCCAGAGAUGCCUUCCUGCAGUGCAAGCUCGACGAGCUAAGCAGCUACAUGACCACCUUUUGGACACCCUGGGGCAGGAAGAGGUGGUUGAAGCUUCCGUUUGGUGUCUCCGUGGCUCCAGAGGUGUAUCAGCGGAAACAGCAUGAGCUGUUGAUGGGACUCAGUGGCGUGGAACCCAUAGCAGAUGACAUCCUUGUAGUGGGCUGUGGGGACAGUGAUGAGGAGGCAGAAUGUGACCAUGACGCCAAGCUGCUGGCCCUGAUGGUCAGAUGCAGACAGGUCAAGCUAAGGCUAAGCAUAAAAAAGCUUCAGUUUAAAGUGCCAGAGGUCUGCUUUCAUGGGCACAUCUUAUCCUCCAACUGAUUGAAGACUGAUCCUGAAAAAGUGAAGGCUGUCUUGGAAAUGCCCCACCCAUCUGACGUGAAGGGAGUGCAGCGCUUCAUCGGAUUCGUCACCUACCUGGCCAAAUUCCUACCGCGGCUCUCUGAAGUGUGUGAGCCACUAAGAAGGCUCAUGGACAAGGACACGAUCUGGCAUUGGCUCCCAAAACAUGACGCAACGGUGAGGGAAAUAAAACAACUGGUCACCCAGACACCUGUACUGCGAUAUUACAAUGUGUCAAAACCUGUCACGAUUCAGAGUGACUCAAGCCAGUAUGGACUUGGCUGUUGCCUCAUGCACGAGGGCCAGCCUGUGGCAUUCGCCUCUAGGGCACUCACCCCAACAGAGCAGAACUAUGCCCAGAUAGAGAAGGAGUGCCUCAGCAUUGUGUUUGCAUACCAACGCUUCCAUCACUACCUGUACUGGCGCGACAAUAUUACCACAGAGACAGAUCACAAGCCCCUUAUUGCUAUAUUCAGCAAGCCUCUCCUGAAUGCCCCAAAACGACUGCAGAGCAUGCUACUGGCCCUACAAAACUACAACCUCAAGGUGGUGUAUAAGCCAGGGCCAGAGAUGUAUGUGAGUGACACGCUCAGCAGGGCUACUGCAUCAGGCACUCACACACGCUCCAUGCAUGAACAACACGCAGUGUGCAGCUUACAAACAGAGCAAGUGGGUGUUGAACACAUCAACCAGGCUGACUACCUCAAUGUUACGGACCAGCACCUUAUACAAAUAAGACGGCACACGGACAGGGACGAGCAACUCCAGGCAUUGAGGUCUGUGAUCCUGAUGGGCUGGCCUGACUGCAAGGAAGAAAUUGCUUUAGCCGUCAGAGAAUAUUGGCCAGUCAAAGAGGAGCUCAGUGUUCAAAACGGAGUAAUAUUCAAGUGUUAGAGAGUCAUUAUUCCCCGGUCUCUGCGCCCUGAGAUGUUGGCGAACGUGCACUCACAUAGGAGGUGAGGCCUGUUACAGACAAGCACUUGACACACUGUAUUGGCCAGGAAUGCAGAGUGAAAUCAAAGACUAUGUCAGUAAAUGCAUCUGCAAUGAAUAUGCCAUUGAGCAACAGAGAGAGACGAUGAUGUCCCACGAGCUACCGAUGUGCCCCUAGCAGAUAGUAAGUCUAGAUCUCUUCCAGCACAGUGGCAAAGACUUUCUGCUGGUAGUCGAUCAUUACUCAGACUUUUGGGAGAUUGACCUCCCCCCCCGACCUCUCAGCAGAGACAACGAUCAAACGCUGCAAACGCUAUGGCCAGCCAGAUAGUGUAAUUUCAGACAAUGGACCCCAAUUCUCCGGAGUUGAGUUCUGAAAAUUUGCUGCAGGAUGGGAAUUCGAGCACGUCACUUCAUCACCACGACACCCAAAAGCUAAUGGGAAGGCGGAGUCCGCAGUAAAAAUGGCAAAGAACCUCUGCAAAAAGGCUCUGCGAGAGGGCAAAGAUGCCUGGAAAGCAAUCCUGCAGUGGUGCAAUACCCCAACAGAAGGCAUGGAUAGCAGCCCGGCACGGCGCUUAAAAGCAGCUCUGCCAGUAGCCAGCACUCUCCUGGAGCCAUGUGUGGUGACAGACGUGCUGGUGAAGCUACGUCACAGAAGACAGGUCUCCAAGUUCAUCUACGACAAAUCAGCAAAAGACUGAGCUCAGGGUGGGUGAAACGGUGCGAAUGAAGCCACUACCAGGGGACCGGACGGGCCUCUGGAGACUCGGAUCCUGUAUACAGAAAGUGGCACCACGCUCCUACUUGGUUGAAGUGAAUGGAUCACUGUACCGUCGCAACAGGGUUGACCUUCGGAUUGCUGAGCCAGCACCUACUCAGAACCCUGAUGGCCAAAAGGGUCGCAUGACAAAAGACAGAACCCCAGCAAGUCACAUGGGGCCUGAGACACUGGGCGAAGAGCCAGGGGAUCACAGGUCGGCUGCUCCCUCGCCCAUCAAUUCUCCCCUUAGACAGUCAGGUGACACGUCUGUGCGGGAACCCGCAGUCCUCACAGACAAGCCCCCUGCCUUUUCACGUUGCGGGCGUCUGUCCCAGCCACCAAAAAUACUUAAUCUGUAGGUUUCCCAUCAGGGAUUGUUGACAGACAGAGAUAAAAGUGAAGAGAACAUCAAAAUGUGUUGUUGUUACCUGAAGAAAAAAAAUACUAAACUGUUUAUGUUGGAAAUUAUUACUAGGUUUGUUUUGUUAGUGAAUUGACACCUCCUGUCCUAUUUUAUUAAAGGGAAGAUGUUGUGUGUAAGAUGGCACAGUGAUGCCAUCUGUUGGUAAAUGUUCUUUACUGCAACUCUUGUGUUUUACCGGGGUGCUUGAGAUAGCCGGAGGUGUUGUGAUGUACUGAACAAGACUGGUUUCUCGCAUCAAUGCCUCUGUCUCGUCAUUUAACAUUCAAACAACCGAUCCCAUAGAGGUUAACCUUUUAAAAACAGUUCUGUAACAAUUAGGUUUGUGCAGUAGGCUAAAGGCCCAAUACAUUAUCACUGCAUAUUGGCUAUGCUUGAAUUGCCCUGCCAAUGUUGUUCUUCUCAGAAUUAAAAAAAUAUAUUUUAAGUAUAUGAUCACACUUCUAAUAUAUAAUUUGUUGUAUUACUUGUGAGGCACAGCUGACUGAGCAUAAUACAUUGUUUAGUUUUUUUACUGGACUGAUGGUCAGUCUGAGGGGAACGGAGGAUCACUCCAUCCCCGGUGAGGCCCUCCUCUCUCCACCCCUCCACUGAGAAAACGGGACACAGUCUUCCAGCUGAUGGCGAAACUUAAUGUUGCAUAGGCUUAUGUUUUAUAAGUCAUGUUCAGAAACAGUCUGAGCUGUAUAUCUCGGCUUGCAUUUUGACUCAAAGUGAUCUUGACUCAAAGUUUGGUGACCACUGUAUUAGAGAAAGGAGGAGAUAGGAAUCCCUUUGGUCAAUGAACAGAGGAUAAUGCCUAUAUAGCGAUUUCAGUGCCCACAAAUGUUUUUUGAAUUCCAUACUUUGAUUUUUAUUAGGAUAGUUUUAAAUUGUAUAUUGAAUUCAGUUUUCAAAUUAAAUUUCAAAUUGAAUGUUCAAGUUCAAUAUUUAUAUAUUCUGUUUCGUUGUUUUAUUUAUUUCACCUUUAUUUUUUGUCUGUGUAUCAAGUUUACAAACUAUCAAUUCAAGUUGAUCAAAGUUUCAUAUAUUCAACUUCUCAGAUCCAUUCAGAUUCUGUUUUCAAAUGAAGUUCUCUAAAUUAAGAUUCAAAACAAGAGACAUCAUCCACGUUGCCAAAUAUGGUCUAUUAUAUUGACAAGAUAGUCAAGUGACCGCUCUAACAAUGGAAAUACAUGUCCUCAAAGAUGGAAGACGAAUUUGUCUGGAAGGGAUAUACAGUGGGGAGAACAAGUAUUUGAUACACUGCUGAUUUUGCAGGUUUUCCUACUUACAAAGCAUGUAGAGGUCUGUAAUUUUUAUCAUAGGUACACUAACAGGUCUGUGAGAGAUGGAAUUCGUACUGGUUGGUAGGUGAUCAAAUACGUAUGUCAUGCAAUAAAAUGCUAAUUAAUUACUUAAAAAUCAUACAAUGUGAUUUUCUGGAUUUUUGUUUUAGAUUCCGUCUCUCGCAGUUGAAGUGUACAGACCUCUACAUGCAAGGAAACACUGCCAAUUUUGCAGGUUAUCAAAUACUUCUCCCCACUGUAUAUACACUACAUGACAAAAAGUAUGUGGACACCUGCUCGUCGAACAUAUCAUUCCAAAAUUAUGGGCUUUAAUAUGGAGUUGGUCCCCCCCUUUGCUGUCUCCACUCUCCUGGGAAAGCUUUCCACUAGAUGUUGGAACAUUGCUAUGGGGACUCCCAUUCAGCCACAAGAGCAUUAGUGAGGUCAGUCACUGAUGUUGGGUGAUUAUGUCUGGCUCGGAGUCGGUGUGCCAAUUCAUCUCCAAAGUGUUUGAUUGAGUUGAGGUCAGGGCUCUAUGCAGGCCAGUCAAGUUCUUCCACACCGAUCUUGAAAAAAACAUUUCUGUAUGGACCUCGCUUUGGACAUUGUUAUGCUGAAACAUGAAAGGACCUUCCCCAAAUUGUUGCCACAAAGUUGGAAGCACAGAAUUGUCUAGAAUGUCAUUGUAUGCUGUAGCGUUAAUAUUUCCCUUCACUGGAACGGGGCCUAGCCCGAACCAUGAAAAACAGACCCAGACCAAUAUUCCUCCUCCACCAUACUUUACAGUUGGCAUUCGGGCAGGUAGCAUUCUCCUGGCAUCCUCUAAACCCAGAUUAGUCCGUAAAUGGUGAUCUUAGGCUUGUGUGCGGCUGCUUGGCCAAGGAAACCCAUUUCAUGAAGCUCCCUACAAACAGCUAUUAUGCUGCCGUUGCUUCCAGAAAAAGUUUGGAACUCGGUAGUGAGUGUUGCAACCGAGAACAGACGAUUUAUAUUCGCUACAUGCUUCAGCACUCGGCGGUCCCAUUCUGUGAGCUUGUGUGGCCGAGCUUGUGUGGCCUACCACUUUGUGGCUGAGUCGGUGUUGCUCCUAGACAUUUUCACUUCAUAAUAACAGCACUUACAGUUGACCGGGACUGCUCUAGCAGGGCAGAAAUGUGAUGAACUGACUUGUUGGAAAGGUGGCAUCCUGUGACGGUGCCACAUUGAAAGCCACAGAGAUUUUCAGUCAGGCCAUUCUACUGUCAAUGUUUGUCUAUGGAGAUUGCAUGGCUGUGUGCUCAAUUUUAUACAUCUGUCAGCAACGGGUAUGGCUGAAAUAGCUGAAUCCACUUAUAUGAAGGGGUGUCUACAUACUUUUUCAUAUACAGUGUAGCUUUUGUGAAAAUGUACUUUUCAUAGCAGGUUUAGGAGAACUUACGCAGCAGGUUAUGAUAAUUACUGUAGCAGGUUAGGAUAAUUUAGGUUAAGGUUAGGAAAAGGGUAAGGAUUAGAUAAAAUGCACAAAAAACAACUUUAAAAUUAAAUAACUUUUGAUGUCAAUUUGGCAAAAGCUGUAUCCCUUCUAGACAUGACCAUAGAAGACAGGCGGGGAGAGGCGAGAUCAGGUGGGACCAUUCUAGCCAAUGAGAGGGCACAUACGUGUGUACACUGCAUAAAGAUAGAUAGAAGACUCGUCUUUGUAUCUGUGCCAUUAUAGCGUCUGUGACAGCAUGGGAAGUGCCAUUGAGGCAAUCUCCAUUUUAAUGUGAAUUUCUUCUUUUUCAUUGGCUGAUUGCUCCCAACUCAUAGGAAUCCCCACGCAGUUGACGACUUUAAAAUGGUAGAAGCCCUCAAUGGCAAACUCCAUGUUAAAACGAGUUAUAUCCAUGUUGAGUCCUCCAUCUCUGUGACAACAGGCACAACUCAGAUAUUUAUUUAAAAAAUAAUAUUUAUUUAAGAUAUAAAGUAGUUUUUUUCAAAGUUGAGGAAAUACCAUGUGUGUCCGCUAAUAACAGAGCAUUAGUAACAACCUAACCAUUAUGACACUUCUAUUUGAUCAAAUAAGCCGCACGCAGCAAAUGAGCAAUUCAAUAUUUUUGUUGACCAAAUUCGACACUCAUUAACCUCCAUAACAAAUGUCCUCAUUUGCUGGGCUUAUUUUCGUGGGCAGAUUUUAGGCGGGAUAACACAUUUCCCUUUGCCUAUUCCUCUCUGAAGUUUCUCAUUACUGGACCUGCCAGACAUUACAUUUACCAUCCCAUGGUGCCUACCACUGUUCCAUACUACAGAGUGAAACGAUUGCUCUUGGAUCGCCUUAUCUUUGCUCCUGCAUUCCUGCUGCUUUUCUUUUUUUUUGUUAUGAACAUCCAAGAGGGUAAGAGGUGGGCAGACUUCCAGAGCAAAGUGAAUAGUAGUUAUUGGCCUGCCUUGAAGAUGAACUGGAAAGUGUGGACCCCCUUCCAGUUCAUCAACUAUGUGCCUGUAGAGUUUCGAGUGCUGUUUGCCAACAUGGUGGCCUUAUUUUGGUAUGCUUACCUUGCGUCUGUGAGGAAGUGAAGACUCCCAAGAUCUUCUCCCUGAUUACUGAAGUAAGAAGGCACAGGGUGUGCCUCUGAAGCUGCAGAACGUUACAAGGAUAUGUCUGUGAAUGUACCAGCUUGCUGCACUGGCAAUCAGGCAAAUUAUCUGGGGUGAUGUGAAGGACUUCAGUCACACAAUACACAAGGUACUGCACUACUACACAAAUGUCUUAGGUCUCUCUUUGUGUGGUGUUGUGGUGUCUCUCUUGUCGCUAUGUGUGUUUUGUUCCAUAUAUAUAUUUUGCCUUCUGUUAGGUUGUCAUUGUAAAUAAGAAUAUGUUCUUAACUGACUUGCCUAAAAUAAAGGCCAAAUGAAAAAAUACAAAUAAAUGAAAUCCUAGUACAUCCAAUGUGUUGCUCACAUGCAAAAUAACUUAUAACUGAAAUGUUCAAUCUUAAUUGUUACUUCUUGAAUAAAUUGAAAUACUUGAGUAUUCUCCUUUGAGCCAAGGUGUAUUUUGGUUUGAACAAUAGUAAAUACAUGUUAUAUAUUCUUGUUUGAUUAAAAAAAAUAUUUGUAUAAUUUAAGUUGAAGCAAAGCAAAUGUGCUGUAGAAAAUAAAUAACAGUAACUGUUUCAAUCUUGAAGGCAACUCAUUUAACACCAUAUGAAUAUGCAAUGUUAAGAUUGUUAUCAAACCACAAUGUAUUGUGUAUAUUGCUGACAAGGCCGACCUGUAGUUUCCUUAUGUGGACUGCAUUGUUUUAGUUUGAGUCUCAACUCAACUGUGAAUGUGACUGCUGUCAAUAUCAGGUCAAAUAAGGGAGCAACAGCACAUCGGACUGAAACUGGCAAAUCAU